CUUCUGAAUGAGAUCUACACAGAGCUCUACAUCACAGAGGGAGGGUCUUCAGAGGUCAACCAGGAACAUGAGGUCAGACACAUGGAAACAGCCUCCAGGAACCAGGCCCAGCAGAGACAGCCAUCACAUGUGAAGACAUGUUUAAAGGCCCAGCUCACACACAUGGAGCCAUCAGAACAGUGCUGACAAAGGGAGUGGCUGGCAUCGGGAAAACAGUGCUCACUCAGAAGUUCAGUCUGGACUGGGCUAAAGGUGAAGCCAACCAGGACAUACAGCUGCUGUUCCCGUUCACUUUCAGAGCACUCAAUGUACUGAAGGAGAGAAGCUUCAGCUUGGUGACACUUGUCCAUCACUUCUUUAGUCAAACACGAGCAGAACUCUGCAGCUUUGAACACCUCCAGGUGCUCUUCAUCUUUGACGGUCUGGACGAGUGCAGACCUCCUCUGGACUUCACCAAAACCGAGGCCCUGAGCGACCCCACAGAGUCCGCCUCAGUGCACGUGCUGCUGGUGAACCUCAUCAGGGGAGCCUGCUUCCCUCCGCUCGCCUCUGAAUAA